GCUUGUUUUAUGUAAUACACUUAUCCCAAACAGCAUCAGCUUAUGGCCUCUUUAGUGAUGCCAACUCCAGGCUGUCCCAAAUAGACAUCAGUGUUGUCCCACGUACAGGUUUGCAGGCCUGGAAAGACUGACCAGAGAAGUGAGGGUGCCUGGAGACCCAGCUUCUGGAUUUUAUCAAAUGGAGGGGAAAUGCCAGCAGCCAGGCUGAGGGAAGGGAUCCCAGGACAUCUGUCUGGCUGGGACAGACUGUAGGCAUGCCAGUAUUUCCUGCUUCUUGACUUCCAGUCUCUCCCUGACAGCAAGUCAUGAUUGGUUCUCACAGAGGAUGUAAAAUUAACCCUCCCAACCUGGCUGGAUAGAGAUAAUAACAGUGAUGUUAAAAUCACUCAGAGGGAUAGUCCAAAAGGAUGGGGCUUGGAGCAGCCUGGUCUAAUGCAAGGUGUCCCUGCCUAUGGGAGGGAGGUGGAACAAGAUAAGUUUUAAGGUCCCAUCCAGUCCAAAGUAUCCUGGGAUUCCAAGCUGGGAGUUCUGUGGACCCUGGAGGAACAACAGGCCUUGCAGAGGGAUCUGGAUAGAUGGACCAGUGACAUGAAAUUUAACGAGUCCAAGUGCCAGAUGUUGUGCCCAAGACCAAGUGACGCUGAGCACAAGUGUAAAUUGGGAGAGGAACGGCUGGGAAGCAGCCCUGCAGAAAGGAUCUGGGAAUGCUGGUUGACAGUAGCUCAGUAGGAACCAGGAGGGCAAACGGCAUCCUGGGGGCAUCUCACACAGCACGGCCAGCAGGGCAGGAGAGGGGAUGUCCCACUGUGCUCAGCACUGGUGUGGCCUCACCUGGAGCCCUGUGUGCCAGGGUGGGCCCCAUCAUCAAAGAUGAUGUGAAGGUACCUGAAUGUGUCCAGAUAAGGACAACCAUGCUGGUGCCAGGGCUGGAAGACAUGUCCUGGGAGGAAGCUGAGGGCUCUGGGUUUCUCUGGUUUGGAGAGGAGGCUGAGGGGUGACCUCAUCACUCUCUGCAGCCUCCUGAGGAGGGGACGUGGAGAGGGAGGUGCUGAUCUCAUGGGAACGGCUCAGAGCUGUGCCAGGGGAGGUUCAGACUGGACAUUACAGAGUGAAUAACCAAAUACUGCAACAGGCUUCCCUGUUGAUGCCCCCAGACUGUCAGUGUUCCAGAGGGAUCUGGACAAUGCUGUAACUUUAGGACAGCCCUGAACUGGUCAGGCAGUUGGACCAGAUGAUUGUUGUAGGUCCCUUCCAGCUGGACUGUUCUGUUCUAACAUGGACUUUGUAGGUUUGGAGUUUUGGUUUUAUUUGCUACAGUCUGUAGCAAAUAAAAUAGCAAAUAGACUAUUUUGAAAUAACAGAAGGGAUUGUAAUGUAUGGUUUGUUGUACAAAACCACAUUGUCACCCUUCUGCUACAGAUGGCAGUGAGUCAUCUGGUCUACUCAGUGCUUACUUGUCAUAUCCGUAUUUACUGACACAUGUCACUCUUAACCCAGGCUCUGUUGUAUCCAAACGAAGGUAAUGAUUGGGAAGAGCCUAGGGAUUCUCCCAAGGUAAAUAGUGUCACUAACCUGACCACCUUCUACAAUGAAAUGACACUUUCCGUCAACAUGGGUGAGGCGAAUGAAUCCAAGCAGAGACAGAUGUUGUCCAGGCAGCCCAACCUCAUAACUUUUUUACCCCAUAUAUACACAGGAUAGCAAGGCAGGCCAGAUAAUUCUUAUCCCCACACAGGAUCACACAACUGCUUUCAGUGACAAAGAACAGUCAUGCCUCAAACGGCUUUCCAGUUUGACCUUGUGAUUCUUUUCCAACACACUAAUCUUAGCUCUGACCAGCUCAGGACCACCAUAUUUUUGCUUUAGUAUUUUCUUCUUCUUUUAUCAUCCAGGUGGCUGGUGGUGUCUGUCUAGCUGCCCCUGCAUGUGAGGAAAGCAGUGGAUGUCAGCAAAGCCCUUGAUGCUCUUUCCCAUAGUCUUGUCCAGGGUGGGCAGGGGUUUGAGCAGCCUGGUCUGGUGGAAGGUGUCCACCUGCCCAUGGCAGGGGAGUUGGAACGAGGUGAGCUUCCAGCCCAAACCAUCCUGUGAUUCUCCUGGACAAGCUGGCAAGUCACAGAGCAGCUGGGUGGGCUGUGGGACAGGUCGGAAGCUGGCCGUGCUCAAAAGGUGCUCACUGGUGGUUUUUACUUUGGUGUACCGGUUUGGGAAGGCUUGUUGGAUGCCAUGAGGGUAGGACACAGUAGCUGUAUUCUCUGCUAGCUGCUUUUCAGUGAUUUUGGCUCUUCUGCAGAGUAGUGACAUAAAUGUUCCAUCCAGAGCCUUUUCCUUGGAAGAAAAAUCAUCCUAAGGGGUCAGUUUUCUUCUGUUUUAGCCCAGAACACAAUCUCUAUGUGGCUGGGAGUUCUUGGAUUGCACUGAGGAUGCUGGCUUAUGCUUGGCACUGUAUUGCAAACACCCUUCCCGAUACAAUUCUAAGAUCACACCUCUCUCAGCUUGGCCACAUGGAUGCUUUUGACAGCAAUACCUCCAUGUGUUACGUGGCCUGCCAGUAUCUAGUCCGGCCUACUGUCUUGUCCCUUCAACUCUUUCUCUCUGCUAUGGCACACUCCCCACCUCUCCCUUCAUUCCUCAGGACCAGCUAGAGAGGAACUACCGACCCCUUCUUGGGUGAAGCAGAGUGAACAAUGCUGUCCUUAGCAAAAAGGGAGAAUUUCUUCUCAGAAAGAAUUAGACAUCAGAAGGGGCUAUCCAGGGAGGUGGUGGGGUCCCCAUCCCUGGAGGUGUCCAAGGAAUAACUGGACGUGGCACUCAGGUCUGGUUGACAAGGUGGGCAUCAGGCACGGGUUGCACUCAGUGAUCUUGGAGGUCUUUUCAACCUACAUGAUUCUAGAAUCCUGUGGUUCUGCGAAGGAGAAGACAGCCCAUGAAACACAAUCAGGCUGUGCUGCUUGGAUGUGGGGUGAUGCAAAAAUAUGAAAAGUCUAUGAUAUUUUGGGGGAAAAAUAUGCAGGAUUUGCUUUCUGCCAGGAUAAGCUGAUGCAUCUCGUUCUUUCCAAAUCAGACUGUUUAUAUUCUCUGCCUUUUCCCUACACCAUUCUUUCUCUUUUUUCCCCUUAACUACUGACCAUCACUGUUUAAAAUACAGGCUUUCCACAUGAAAGGCUCUUUUUGGGAAACGGAACUUUCCAUACUCCUGUUUUCAGCUACAUACGGAGAGAGUGCUCGGGAGGGAGUCAAGGCUGACACACAACCUGGUGCUGUGGCCAGGGAAAUUCUGGCACAGCUCCGUUUAACCAUCCUCCUUACAUGUGAAGAUCCUAAAGCUCCAUGUAAGUUUUACUGUUUCACUGAACAAUAGGGCAGUUCCCUGAGGGAAUAGAAGGAAGGAGUUAUUGUAGGGUUAUUUUACAGGAGCUUUCCAAGACAUUAAAUGCCAGCAUUACUCCUCUGUUCCAUGUUCUCAGUGAUGGUUUCAAAUAGUGGUGCACUGUUGUACAGGGGGGAGUGACAGGGUUGGGUACAUGCCUGUGUAUUUUUACAAAGAAUCAUUGUGCCAGGGACAUCUUGUCCAAAAUUCUAUAUUUUUCUGGGACAGUCUUAAAUAUUAGGAUGAUGUGGAUGCUCCACACUUUGGAGCAGUGGUCUUCUGGCACAGUGAGGAAGCACUUGGCCCUCUGUACUGCUUUUGCCUCUCUCUGUACUGGUUUUUGGCUGGGAUACAGUUAAUUUUCUUCACAGUAGCUGGUCUGGGGCUGUAUUUGGAGCAGUGAUGGAAGCACUGGGAUGUUGUAGCUGUUGCUGAGUGCUGCUUGUACAGUGUGAAGGUUUUUUCUGCUCCUCACCCUGCCCCACCUGUGAGGGGCUGGGGUGUGGAAGGAGCUGGGAGGGGACAUAGCUGACCCCGCUGGACCACUGGGAUAUCCCACGUGUAGGACGCCAUGCUUGGCAAUAAAAGCUGGGGAAGGACGAAGGAGGGCAUUCCCAAGUCACCUUUACACCUGAUGGAGCCCAGCUUUCCCAGAACAGGAAGCUUUGUUUCCCUUCAUCACAACCCAUGAGUUUUUGCACUUUCACCCCUCUGAUUGUCCCCAUCCUGCUGUGGGGGUGCAAGCGAGCGGCUGCAUGGGGCUGAGCCUCCCCCCUGCCCCAGGGACUGCCCCCCAACACGGAGCAGAGCCAGUCUGGAGCUGUGAAUCCAGCAUCCUGCCCCAACUCACUAAUCCUAUGUCAGCUGGCUGGCCUUCUCUGCCCUGCUUUCCGAGCAGCCCAACCCCCGUGAAGUCAAGUGUUCCUGCCUGGCAUCGUUUUGGGGUUUUUUGGUGUAACCAAACCUGACGAUUCAUGUACAACAGCCCGGGAGAGAGCAAUGAAUCAAUUGUAAAAGUGUAAAAAAUGGGCUUUUGUGAUCCCUGGGCUCUACCAGCUCCUGAGCAAGAAGUGGCACAGCUGACGUGUGUAAUGUAACAGGAGAAGGAGGUCGAUGAAAUGUGCCCCCCCCCGCCAGCAGCACCGGGUGCUGUGCCAAGAGUAACCCUAGAAAUUCUCUGUAAAAGAGCACAUUGACUCGUGUUCUACCAAGAAGCUCAAGGAAAGCAACCCUACACCUUGCUAAUCUCUGAUCUUGGUAAGCACUGGGGUUGGGGCUGGCCUGGGGAAGCUGUGAUUUAGAAGGAAAUGCUGCGUAUUUGGGCACUCUGAAGGCAGAGCACCGUGGGUGAAGGAUCCCAGAGUUCGGAGGACUUGGCUGUUGGUGAGGCAGGUUGGGGCACACAUACGAGGUUUGGAAAGGUGGCACUGUGGGUGGGGAGGGAAAGGGGACCAGCAGGAGAUGCACGGAACGUGGCAUGGCCAUAAAAGACAAAAAGCAACAACUUAAUCCCCCCUGAUUCAGGCUGAGAGAUGUGGGUACACUUUUGCCCAAAUGAGGAGAGCAUGGGCUUCAUCUCUGCGUGGGGAACAGGGAGACGACCCCACUUCCAGACCUGCAGGACAAAUCCUGUUCUCUCCAGGGCAAUUUGCAACUGUCAAACCCACUUUGUCUAGUGCUGGUGUACAGCAGCCUCGGUGGAAUUUUAAAUUCCUGCAUAAUGCAGGUUGGAAUGGUUGUUAACACCAGGAAGUAAUUUUGCAAACAAACCAUAAAAUAAGACCCAUUUAGGGGCAAGAGCCUCUCCCCCCACCAAGGCCUGGGUGCAGUCAAGUGUCGAAGCCCUUACCUUCCAGCUACAAUAAUUGCAUUUUUACCAGAAGUCUAAAUGUUUUAAGAGGAAUUUGGAGUAGGUGAACGCCACCCCUGUUUUGCUGAUGUCCCUAAUUUCCUCCUGCCGAAUGUGUCUGGCCGGGAAUUACAGUCCUAACUCACUGUGCAAGAAGCAGAGGAAAGGCACAGCUGACCACGGCGGCCCCAGACAAUGUGACAUUCGGGGUCACAAAUGGACCAAUGCCCUCCACCAGCACCCUGCCUGGAUCCCGCUGUGAGCCCCCCACACCUCCUGCAGCCAGGAGAGAGGUGGGUCCCCACUAAGGGGUCCUUGCCCAACCUUUCCUUCCCUGCAAAGCUCUUGAGAACGCUGUGUCCUGGGGCAGCUUUUUAUACCUGUGUUGAUGUCCUGCCACAUCAGAGCUUUCCAUGGCUUAUUAAUUAACUCCCACCCACUCUGGGGAACACCUAGCCACUCCCUUUGCCCUCAUCUUUAUCCUCCCUUUGUCCUCACCUAGCCAUUUAUAGCAGCGAGGGGAUGCUAGAAAUAGGCACGUGGCCACUAAGAGGCAGAGGAGAUGAAAAGGGUACUGGAAUCGAUUUGCAAAUGAGACAUUUCCCAGCUCACAGCAGCAUGAAAAGCCCUGGGUGCACUCCAAGGCAUAUCAGAUGUCUCAUCAUUUUCAGCCUUUUAGUGGGACUUAUCUUCCUGUCAGGAUUCUUCCAUAUGAAGGAUUACAGAACCUCAAACUUCCACGAGGAUCAAGCAGUCACCUUCCUGCAGAACCUCGAACAGCCACUGCUGACCCCUCCCACGCCGUGCCAUGCCAAGACAAACGUCAUGUUCCUCAAGACCCACAAGACAGCCAGCAGCACCGUGCUCAACAUCAUGUUUAGGUUUGCAGAGAGGUACAACCUCACUGUCGCCCUCCCUGCUGGCCAGCUCUACCACCUGGGCUACCCGAGGAAUUUCAUGGCCCACUUUGUGGAGGAUUUUGAAGCCAUAGGCCAAAACUACAACAUCAUGUGCAACCACAUGCGGUUUAACCCCUUGGAGGUGCAAAAGGUGAUGGCACCCAACACCUUCUACUUCUCCAUCCUGAGGAACCCCAUUUCUCUUCUGGAGUCUUCCUACAUCUACUACAAGCACUACGUCCCUGCCUUCAGGAGCUCCAAGGACGUGAACGAGUACCUGGCGUCACCCACGCAGUAUUACCACCCCGCGGAUUACGGGCAGAACAUCUACGCCAGGAAUAUCAUGUGGUUUGACUUUGGCUACGACAACAACGCGGAGGACAGCACAAACUAUACCCAGGCCGUCCUGGAGGAGAUCGAGCAGAACUUCCACCUCAUCCUUAUAGCAGACUACUUUGAUGAGUCCAUGAUCCUCUUGAAGCACACUUUGUGCUGGGAUAUGGAUGAUGUAAUUUACUUCAAGCUCAAUUCCAGGAGUCAGGACACUGUCCAGACCUUGACUCCAGAAAGUGAGGAGCGGAUAAAAGCGUGGUGCUCGUUGGACUGGAAGCUCUACCUGCACUUCAACCAGAGCUUCUGGAGGAGAAUUGAGGAGACCAUAGGGCUGGAGGUGCUGGAGAAGGAGGUGGAUCACCUGCGAACCAGACAGAAGGAGCUCAUGGAGACCUGUCUCUUGGAGCAGGAGGCAGUGGAGAAGGGUCACAUCAGGAACAAAGCUCUCCAGCCUUACCAGUCAGGGGCUGCAAAUAUCCUGGGGUACAACCUCAAACAAGACUUGGACAACAGGACUCUGAGAACCUGCCAGAAAAUGGUCAUUCCAGAGCUCCAGUACACAUCCUACCUUUACGCUGUCCAACACCCACACAAGAAGGGGAAGGAGCUGGGAUUGCCGUUGCCGUGGACCAUUCGCCAGGAGAGGGUGCAGCUCCCAGAUACCAACUAGGACACAUGAUAACCCACUGUGGCUUCCCACUGCUUUGCAUCACCCCGUCUGGCAUGUGACUGAUCCACACAAGACAGGACUCUUGUGCGUGAGAGGGAGGCAGUGGGGGCUUUGUUCAGGGUCACCAAGUUGGUGGUUGAUCCCUUUUUGGGGACCUUGAACCAAAGGCUCUUCAUUGGUCAGAUCCUGUGUGAUCCUUCUUGCCUGUUCCCAGCUGGGGAGUGCUGGGCAGGCUGCAGCUGGUGUAGGCAUUCCAGCUUCUUAAUCAUUAAUCACAGAUGUGAUCAUUUGCCUGCGUUUAGUUUCAUUUGAUAUCCAUCCCUACAUCCAGUCUGGUCACAGCUCACUGGAGCAAGUCCUGAUUUUUUGGGUGUAGGGGAGGGGGAAGGGAAACGAGGAGAGCCCAACGAGGGGGUGCAGCUCUCAAAGGAGCAGGAGACGUGUUGGAUGUCCCAUCCAGCAGCAUCCAUGCUCCACAAGGAGUAACCACCAUGCACUGCCAGGGCUGCCUUUGGGAUGGGAGUCCCAAGCAUCUGGCCCAAAGCCAGGCACGCUGGCUGGCUGCCUUUCUCCGUGGCAUGUGAGAUGUUCCUUUCACCUGUGUCACGAGGUGUGGCAGCCUCCGCCCCACGUGGGGGUACCAAGGUGGGAGGACGUUUUAUGAUUUUGCCCCUCUCUCGUGCGAGGGUCCCUGGUCUGUGGGCAGGGAAGCUGCUUUGGGAUCAGCAUCCCUGAAGCCCUUGGCCAGCAUAGGGUUUGUUGGGUCUCCUCUUGCUGUGUUGGCCGAGCUCUCCAGCAGGGAUUAGGAGGGGAUGGGGUGAGGCACAGCUUUGGGCACUCUGGUGCCACCCAGGUCCCUGGGUGGUGCAAGCAGGAGACACUGGCUCAGCUUUAAAGUAUAUUGGCACUGCUGGCACUGAGGGGUGUGCUGGGAACUGGUGACAAGCGGUGACACCACAUCCACGGGGCUGGUGCUGCCAUCUCAACCAACAUUCCUG